AUGUCAGUAUCCCUGUUACUCUUGGCCGCCCUAUCCCCGUUGGCUCGAGCAUACCUCGUCAACAGCACAGAGUAUUGCUCUGGUGCUCUUGGCCGUGCUCCCGUCCAGACUUUCAAGUCUGUCAAUUUCACUGCUGCCGAGUGGAACUUCAACGUCUUCCCCUCUUCCGACCUUCCCUCCGGCUACAUUUUCCUCGCUCCCCGAGGAACUGAUGUCACUACCCCCACCGGCAUCAUUUACGACAGUAACGGUGAGGUCGUUUGGCAUGGUAAAGAAGCCGGGGUCGGACAGACAAUGUCCUUCUCCGUAGGAACAUACCAGGGAGAGCAGGUCCUCGCCACCUGGGGCGGAUCCUUCAACAGCAAUGGUUAUGGGGAUGGGUAUGGUCUGAUCUUUGAUCAAACUUAUAGCCUUAUUGCCAACCUCUCCUCAACGAUCAAUGGCACCGGCAUCGACUUCCACGAGUUUGCAAUCUCGGACAAUGACACCGCCCUCGCUACCGUCUACGUCACCGAAGAAUACGAUCUCUCCAGUUACAGUGUCAGCACCACCGACGGCACUACUGGUUGGAUCGUGGGAGGUGCUUUCCAGGAAAUCGACAUUGCUACUGGGGAACCCGUCUUCACUUGGAAGUCCUUGGACCACGUCUCUCCCUCCGAGUGCUACACAACGCCGGGAACUAGUGGAGUUUCUAGCGACUCUCCUUGGGACUACUUUCACAUCAACUCCAUCGAGAAAGAUCUCUCCGGCAACUAUCUCAUCUCCUCCCGCCACUGCCACGCCAUCUACCAAAUCUCUCCCGAGGACGGCUCCAUCCUCUGGACCAUUAACGGUCAAAACUCGUCCUUUACCAUGGGGACCAACACCACUUUUGAAUGGCAGCACGACGCUCGUUGGAGAGACAACUAUACGCAGAUCAGUGUCUUUGACAAUGCGGCAACCUCUUGGGAGACGGACGAGGAAAUGGCGAGGGGCUUGCUCUUGGAGGUGGAUCAGAGUGGCAUGACGGUGGAGCUGGUGCAAGAGUUCUUACCCUGGAACGAGACUGUAUCGUCCAGCCAGGGUAGUAUCCAGGAGCAGGACAAUGGAAAGUAUCUCCUCGGCUGGGGACAAAACCCAUUCUUUUCGGAAUACUCGUCCGACGGUACUCUUCUCUGUUCUGUUCAAUUCGGCGUGGGAAAUGUCCAAGGCUACCGUGCCCUUCGAUACAACUGGACCGCCUACCCCACUACCUCCCCCGACAUCACCAUCGAGUCUUUAGACAACUCGUCCAGCGCGUAUGCGGUCUACACGUCCUGGAACGGUGCCACCGAAGUCUCCCAAUGGGCGCUCUACGGUAUCACCUCUUUAUCCAACGCCACCUCGCCCACCAAGCUUGAUGAGCAGGACAAGACCACAUUCGAGUCGUCAUUCAACGUCACUGAGGAUGUGGCCUCGUCUUACCCUUGGGUACAAACGCAGGCGAUCAGCUCCGACGGAACUGCAUUGGGCUCGUCGGUGUAUGUGGCCCUCGGUAAUGGAACAGAGUCGUCUGCAGGCAACACUGCCAUCUCUGUUGGUAGCUCCAACACUACCGCUACUACCUCUUCUGCGGCGAGUGGUACGAGCAGCAAUGCUGUGGUCAGCUCAAGUGGGGCCGAGAGAGUCGAGGUGGGGCUGGGAAUCGCGGGGUUGGCGAUGCUGGCAGUCACCAUGAUUCUGUGA